CUGUCCGCACUUCCCGUCCGGGAGAGAGUGUAAUAUGGCGAAGACCUACGAUUACCUGUUCAAGCUGCUGCUGAUCGGGGACUCGGGGGUGGGGAAGACCUGUGUCCUGUUCCGCUUCUCCGAGGACGCCUUCAACUCCACUUUCAUCUCCACCAUAGGAAUUGACUUUAAAAUUAGGACCAUAGAGCUCGAUGGCAAGAGAAUUAAACUACAGAUAUGGGACACGGCCGGCCAGGAGCGGUUUCGGACCAUCACAACGGCCUACUACAGGGGAGCAAUGGGCAUCAUGCUGGUCUACGACAUCACCAACGAGAAGUCCUUCGACAACAUCCGGAACUGGAUUCGCAACAUCGAGGAGCACGCCUCUGCAGACGUGGAGAAGAUGAUACUUGGGAACAAGUGCGACGUGAAUGACAAGAGACAGGUGUCCAAGGAGCGGGGAGAGAAGCUGGCCCUUGACUAUGGAAUCAAGUUCAUGGAGACCAGCGCCAAGGCCAACAUCAACGUGGAGAACGCGUUUUUCACUCUCGCCAGAGAUAUCAAAGCAAAAAUGGACAAAAAAUUGGAAGGCAACAGCCCCCAGGGAAGCCACCAGGGCGUCAAGAUCACCCCCGACCAGCAGAAGCGGAGCAGCUUCUUCCGGUGCGUGCUUCUGUGAGGAGCACCGCCUGGGCCGAGCUCCGCCCAGCUGACUGUGCCUGUCCUGGGGCCGCGCUCAGCGGGCCUCCGCCUCCACACCUCGCCCGCGCCGUGGCCACGGCCCGCGGCCACCAGAACAUAAUUGAGAAAUUGUUUAUUUUAGUAACUGUCUGAUCUUUUUCAACUUUGGAGAUGGAAGAAGAAUUUGCUAUUUUCCUGCAACAUCCACCAGAAAGGCCCACGCGUCCAGCACACAGAGCGGGUCCCAGCGAGCGGCCAGCGGCACACCUCCUCUCUGGGCCUUGGACGCCUCGUCUCAUGCAGCACAAUUAAAGCCACCAGAGAGCCCGGCCGGCCGGUGGUGGUGCCAGGCGCGCCCAGCCGUACACCUGAGCAAGCGACCGGUGGCCAGGGCCAGGAGCGUUCGCCCAACAGCCCUGCUGCGCAGUUGGCCUCCUCUUGGUUUUGGACAAGUGACAAAACCCAUGUUCCCUCCUGCCUCUUUUUCACUGUUAAACCAAAGGGAAGCACAAAUCAAGGAAAUCGCACGUGCAGCGUUGAGGAGAGAGGGCGGGCGACUCUGUCCACGGCCAGGUGACGGCCAGGCAAGGAGGGCUGCUGUGCCCGUGCCGGCGACCCUGCACCAGCCCUGAGGGCCCAUGGCACUGGGCGCCCUCCUCAGCGGUACCAGAACAUCGCGCCCCCUCCUCUCGCCAUCUCCAAGUCGGACGUUCUUUCUAGCUGAGAUUUUUAUUUUUCCAGAUUUGUAGUGCCAUGAAGUGAUUCCGUCUUUGAUUUCCAGUGGCAGACCCGGGCGACAGGACGCGCGUGCAGCACCCCCACCGGAGGUGGCCAGGGGCCAGCAGCGCCGUCCACGUGGCCCCCCGGCAUGGCCGGGGCACAGGCAUUCCAGGGACAGGCCGACCCCGCGGCAGCCUGGGUCGGCUUUUUACUGUCAUUAUUCGGUUCUGUCUGGAUAGCUUUGUCCUCCCGGAGAGACUGGGACUUGGGACCAGACACAGGCGGAGGAGCGCCCAGCCUCCUCCUCACCUCCCACCCACCCCGCUGCUGUCAGUCCACGUCAUUGGCAUUAUACUUCCUCCUUUUUUGAAUUAAAACCAACAUACCAGCA